UGUCGCGAACCAGUCAACACAAUUUCCGAGGCGCCAGUGUCGGCCAGCAAAAGAUAUACUAAUUCCGAAGCAACGCAUCCCAACCGAAAUGCUUCCGACGCCGCCAAUGCAGCGCAAGCAAGUGAGGUGCAACAUACGCUCCUACAAACUAGUGAGGCCCCCCAAAAUAAAUCCGAGUUCCGGAGACUUACCACCUCCCGAAACGAAAGUUUCUUGCAGGCUGAGGGUCGUCUAUUAAAAAAAGACGGCGAAGAGGAUAAAUUUUACUUAGUUUGCGCUUCAGACUCCGGGUAUCAAAAUAAGUCUGACGCGCAACGCAUGUUGCAAACAGACAAGGCGCCGACCGUACAGAGAAUCGACGCUUGGCGUGAAAAGAGUACAGAUGUUGGCGCGAUCAUGGAUGCCCCCAGAAGUGACAUCAAAAGCGCGGGGAGCGCUAAUCUUUGUGGUCCUCGUCAUCUAUAGAGGAUCACAUGUUCGCUCGUCCAUACGGGCGCUGCAGUCCCGCUGGUGCCAUUUCGCAAAGCAUUCCAUGUGGAUAUGGGUUGGUGCCUGCAGACAGUCAUCAGAUCCACGACACGGUGAUGUCAACGAGGGCAUUAAACUUCGGCGUACGGUCAUCAUCACACCUAAAAGGGGAGCCCUCCGACAACUUGUUGACUCUGAUCACCCGUGAGAACGCAUGCUUAAGACGGACAUCGCUGCGUGCUAAGAGUCACACUGUCGUGUACCAGCCCUCCCAUUCGAAACAACCGCCGCAAAUCCAAAACGAAACAAACCAUUUUCCGCUUGUGACAGCUGACUUGGAUCCGUCGACUGUGCUUUGCGAAGUGCCGAAAAAGAAACUCGAGUCGUCGCAAGGUGGAUCGGAUCAGUCGGCGGUGUAUGAGCGCGAAAGGCAAGCACAACAAUCUCCGUCACAGGCAGCGCAGGGCGUUGAAUUCACGACUUUGUGUCAGCCUUCGCAUUCUGGGACGCCUUCACACGCGCCGUAUAAUCUUGCACGUAUUCGAACACCAACAUUGCCGAGCGGUUCCACGACUGUAUUGCAUGGCAUUGCUUAUAAGAGGGACCACGCAUCAUACGGUUUUCAAUCUUUUGACAAUGGGCUCAAGCCAGAUGAUCCUGUAUAUAUGCGCGUCUCCGCGUCUCAGGACUUGGGAGUUCUCAGAGAAAAUUUAUGCGAGCAGCCUACAAGAGAUGUAACACGGCGUCCCGUACCACGUCCGCGUACAAUCAACCUUUCGAAGAAGGAACGGAAAGCGACAAAGGAGCGGCCGUCACGUGAUGCGGUUUCUUGUCCCCGGAAGCCGUCUGCUGAAGAGGGUGAGUCUGUCAACAGGAGGAAUGACCAACUCAAGACUGAAAGCGCCAUUGCGAGCGAGGAUCAUGUGAAGCAAAAAACGGUGCCGAAUAAAACUCCGGCUGGCACUGAUGAAAGGAAAGGAGUCGAAGACAUUGCAGAGCAACAUCGUUCGCUUGCCCUGCAAGCAGUGCGGGCCAGAGAAACGACUAUGCAGAAAACGCCCAUUGUUCGAGACAGCGCUGACAGCAUGGAAGCCAAUAAAAUUGAUAUUUAUUCAAUGGUGCUCCAAGUAAACUGUGAUAACAGCGCUACAUUCGAUGUUCCGACAUCAUUAUCAGCAAGUUCAAGGAAGGAAGCUGAAAAGAAAUAUACAUUUGAUAAUGGAGGUCAGUGUGAUGCAUCUGCCGUGAUUAAUGCGAGAAAAAAUGAACUUGUCCUUCGAGAGACUGCGCUUCCUCAUUAUUUGGCGGUCCAUGAAAAUGAGCAUGCGGGCAGCGAAGCUGACAAACAGGUGUACGACUGUGAACUGCUGGGCAGCAAGGCAGUCGAAUUGAACGGAGUUUGCGUUCCUGGAAUAGUAGUUUCACCACUGCCUCACGCGACAUCGAGAAUUACAGGUAAACCGCAGAGGUUGCUGUAUACCGAAAUUGUGUUGGCCACGGUCGUAUCACUAACCUGCCUUGUGUGGAUUGCAGCAGUGUUUCCUGCGCGCCGGCCUGAGCUCACACGCAUACUGCAUAUAGGGACUAGGAACCAGACAGGACCGUCGUUCAUAGCUCUAACGUUCCAAACAUUUUGGUACUCAACGGAAACCGAAGUCACUACGACGUCGACUAGCAAGCCCUCAUCCAGAUCUUACUUUUGCUCCUCUUAUUUUUGUUUAAAGGAGGCCGCGUACGUGAAGUCAGUGAUAAGAAAAGAUGCGUCACCGUGCGACAACUUUUACCAAUAUGCAUGUAGCAAUUGGGAAAGUAAAACGCCGUUGUCUGCCUUGGGACUUGGGGUAUCGACGUCUGUGGAUACAGUGCUAGAUGAAUACAUGUCUUCGGACCUCCGUGACUACAUUCUCCGAAAGGAAAACGGCGGAGCAAAUUCAGCUAGAUUCCUUUACCAGGCGUGUAUGGCAUCCUAUCACCGUACUUCUGCUUUUAUUAAGUCCAAAAUAUUUUCAUCGUUGCCAGUAAAGACGUGGCCGUUUAACGGUACCACAAAUCCCGUUGAAGUAUGGCGGACAGCUGGAAUCAUCGCGCGAAAAUACGGUGUUCCGGCACUUUUAGAUGUUGUCGUAGGCGUUCAAAGAACUACAAACGACAGCAUCGUGGAAUUGAGAUUGCCUCGGUCUUUAUUCUUCAGCGGCGACGAGUCGCGGCCAAACGUAAAGCAUAUGUUUAGGGAUGCAAUUCGCGAAGCAGCCACGGAGUUUAACCAGAAACCCAUGGCUGCAAACUUGACAGCGCAGAUCAUGGCAGUUUUCAAGGGCCUCGCCGCGGUCAGUGACAAACCAGCGGCCGCGAGAAGUUGCCGGGUGAGGAAACUCAAGCACAUCGACAACAGCGUACGAACAUUUGUCGCUGCCGUGUUCAAUGGUGACAUCAAUCCGAGCACGACCGUGGUCGUUAGGAACUCUGACGUGGUUCUCGGAGGACUUGUCCGAUUAACGCACAACUUAAGCGUGCAGCAUUUCCUCAACUAUCUGGGCUUCCGGUUACUUGUUCGGCUGGCCGUGCUACUACCGGAACAUCUCGUGAACCUGAGGCGUCUGUUCAGCGUCGAAUUCACGGGCCGAGUUGUGCAGGAUGACUUGAAGUGGCUCCUUUGUAUGCGUCUUGCAGAGGCUGUGGCACCUACCUGCUUGGAAAAUCUGCAAGCGAAGAUGUUUGCUCAGAAGCGAGCACCUACUCUGGCGAGGCGCUUCUGGCUUCUUCAAAUGGAGGAUUUCUUCUCCAGAAACCUGCGCCUCUAUGCCUGGAUUUCGGAGAAAACUCUGAGCCUCAUGGAAAAGAAGAUGGAACGCUACAAGUUUGUCCACGUUUUGUUCGAUAAAGCUUCGAAAAAUGGCACCGGUUGUGAAGGUGUGCGAAAGUUGCUGGCUUCGAGAAGACGACUGAAGAAGUCGCAACUCGUGCCAGCCAUUCUAGCUACGUGGGAGACAUUUCAGGGGAGGUAUCUGACCCAAACAACGCAACGACUUUUACCCAGGGAUCCGGGAUUCCUCUUCGAAGCACACCCCAGGUUGGCGAAAUCCUUGCAGACAGUGUACGUUCCUCCUGGUCUGGUCAACGCUUCUGUUCCGGAGAACAGCACAAUGCUUGCCUUCCACUUGUCUCGAGUGGCUACGCGUCUUUUCCGGACACUGGUGCCGCUGGCAAGCGCGGAGGGCGGUGACCAGUGUUCGGGGCCCUCGGCGCUGACGCAGCAGUCGCAGCGGUCACUAGCCCGACUCCGCAAGUGUCUGACGAAGGACGCCCAGUCGCUGCCUUCGCAGCUCCAGCCCCGAGCUUCGGACGUGCUGUGGGACGGCGAAGGGCGGGAAGGCGAGGAAGCCGGGUUCGCCAUACUGGCACAGACGGCCGCUCUCGGCCUCGCCUUCGCGGCGUUCAAGGAGAUGCUUCGCGUCGAUCGGAUCUGGCGGCUCGACUUCCGGUUCGCCUCCCUCGCCAACGUUUCGGCCGAGCAGCUGUUCUUCCUGUACUACGCGCUCGACAACUGCGAGCGCAGCGACCGCACGCACCGCGCACACGCGUACGGCGCCUGGCGUCGAUUGCCGGCCGAGCAGCGGGUCAAUCUGCCCCUCCGACAGAUGGCGCACUUUGCCGAAGCCUUCGGGUGUGAAUCGGGGCGGAGUGCCAUGGCGCCCAUGAAACGCUGCGGAGUGCUGCGGUGGCCUGCGCCCAGGCCUGGUCUCCGGGACGACGGUCAAUAGGCACUUGACACCCACACGUAAUGAUAGCUACUGAGUCUGAAACCAAUGGUUUUAAACUCAGCUCCUCAGGUACUUGGUGUAUAAUGGGAUGAUUAUUAUUACUAUUAUUCAGCUUUAUUUUGGCGAAUAGCUUGUUGGCCUAGAGGGCUUAUGCUGUAAUGAGGACAUUAAAGAGCCGUUUUCGA